AUGGGUUAUGGUAUCAUUAUAGAAGAUGCAGAUUGCCUGCUUCGGGCUAAUUUCUAUGUUCCUAUCGUAGGCUUCGAGUCAAGCUGUUACUCAUCACAUGUCUAUAUUCGGAGUGAAAUCUUAGAUGCAAGUAUUACUCUAUUGGACAUAAGUCGCAACCUCUCUUCCAAGACUACCCUUAUUCUAGAUCUUCCAAUAGGAUUUCUGAUUGCCAAAUUCGUGACUUUGUUACGUGAUGUACCUCAAAAGAUCGUGGUGGUUGUGCCUAUUGAAGAGAACCUUGAAUACUGGUGCUCUCUAAGAGAUGAAAUGCAUUUGUUAGAGAGUCUAGAUGUAGAUUUGAUCUUGCGUUAUCAUGAAUCAAUUUCUUUGGAGUACUUGUCGAGGUAUAAGUGCCUAGAAUACAUAGGCAUAAUACCCCUGGUGAUUGAUUCAAAAACCAUAAACUUUUUACUCUCGAAACCUCAGUUGCCACAUCUUUUGAUCUUCCAAUCUGUUGCACAGACAGAAAGCUUCCAAUAUUGGAGAACCUUAGCAUGCCCAAAUCGACAAAAAGGACUAGACUACAUUAUUGACCCUCUCCAGCCAUUGUCAGUCGACAUGAACUUAGAUGUUUAUGACACAUUCGCAGAAGACAUUGUCAAGUAUGAGCAGUACGACUGUGCUAUAGAGAUGGCGAUUGGUGACCUUCGUCGAAAACAUACAGCAAUGAAGAUUUUGAUUGUUGGCGCUGGCAGAGGCCCAUUUUUGAGAUCUGUCAUAAAUCAUGCCCGAAAGACGGAUCACAUAACUGUAAUAGAAAAGAACCUCAAAUGCAUUGAAUCUCUUCAAGUCAUUAUCGCUGAUCGCACGAAUAUAGAACUUUGUUGCAUGGAUGUGAGAGAAUACCAUGAUUUGAAGUCUUUCAACCUAGUUAUAUCAGAGCUUCUUGGCUCCUUUGGGUGCAACGAGGCUAGCCCUGAAAUCCUACAAGUGUUUGCAAAAAGUGAGGCAAUUAUGAUUCCCCAGAGUUAUGCGAGUUAUGUUCAGCCAAUAUACACUGGUUUGAAAAAGAUAAGCAAAUUGAACCGACCUUAUUUGACACAGCUCAGCUCGUACAUCCCGAUUGAUUGUCCUAAGUUGGCUUUCGAAUUUCAACACCCAUCAAACAAUAGACUUAGUCAACAAGUCAACUUAAGCUUUAAGGGCCCACAUCGAGAAAUUGCAAAUGCAUUUUAUGGGUAUUUCGAGGCAACGCUCUAUGGCCCAUACAAAAUAGGGAACACACCCAGGCUCAGUUGCCACGAGAAAUGCAGAUCAUGGUUUCCUAUGAUUUUUCCGAUCGAAAAACAAACAAUGCCCAUCGAUCUCACACUCUCCCGGAUGAGUGAUCUUAUUCUCACGUAUGAAUGGAAGGUAAAUGGCCGGUUAUACCCAAGAAAAUUUGAGGCCGUCAAACCCUAUGAAGUCCAAUUGCAAUGA